AUGUCUGUCAUAAAAAUAUCAUUGUCUAUGUUAGCUCUAUGCUUGGUAUCUGCACAAGCAGCAAGGUUUGACAUAGUAAACCAAUGCUCCUACACCGUAUGGCCAGCCGCCACACCCAGCGGCGGAGGUCAGCAGUUGAACUCAGGCCAAACAUGGCCCCUAGACAUCCCAGCUGGAACUUCAUCAGGCCGAGUUUGGGGCCGAACCGGUUGCAGCUUUGACGGUUCUGGCCGUGGAAGUUGUCAAACCGGUGAUUGUGGUGGCGCCCUAAGUUGUAGCUUAUCCGGUCAACCUCCACUCACCCUUGCUGAAUUCACACUUAACGGGUGGAACAAUUUGGAUUCCAUAAACUUAUCUGUGAUUGAUGGUUUUAAUGUUCCAAUGCAAUUUAGUUCAACUUCUAAUGGAUGCAACGUAGUACUAAACUGCAGGGAAUCUUCAUGCCCUGAUGCUUAUCAAAAUCCCAAUCAAAAUGAUAAAGUGCAUUCAUGCCCCGGUGGUACCAACUAUAAAGUUGUAUUUUGCCCUUGAAAUGUUAUUCAUCCUAAUGUAAUAUUGUGUCUGCACUCUGUGUAGUAUAUAUGUACAACAAUAAUAAUAAAAUAUUGCUUAAUUUACUCGUGAAAUUAUAAAUAUAUAAUUUCUCGAGUAGGCAAUAUUGCACCAUACAUAUAACAUUGUCGACUUGUAGUGGUCUGUUUACACAAAAAUUAAAUUUGAAAUAUAAUUGAAAAAUAAAAUGUUUAAUGUAUUGUAGUGUUCGUUCAAUUUUAAACAAAUCAAGUGAUUGAACUUAAUUAAGUGGUUGAUGAGUUUUUUCUACUACUGAUUUUUUAGGAGAAGGAGAGAUAUGAGAUACAGAUAUGUAAAAGAUAGAAUACAGGUGCAAGUAGACACUCAUGUUUCUAUACCUAAGAGUUUAAUCAGACUUUAUGCUCAACACUUUAA